UGUGCUGUGUCCCUCAGACACAGCUGAUCACCGAUCCACGGAAGAAGCCGAAGAUGUCAGCUCGGUCAUGUGAUCAGCGGUGUCCAAUCACAGCUGAUCACAUGGGACAUGUACACUGAUCAUCACGGCACUGAUGAUCAGUGUGCCCUGAUGAUCAGUGUAGCCCCAGCAGUGCCAGCUGUCAGUGCCCAUCAGUGCCAGCUGUCAGUGCUCAUCAAUGCCACAUAUCAGUGCCCAUCUGAGCUGCCUUUCAGUGUCACCCAUCAGUGCCAGUCAGUGCCACCUAUCAAUGCAAUCAGUGCCAGUCAGUGCUGCCUAUCAGUGCCAUAUAUCAGUGCUGCCUUUCAGUGCCCAUCAGUGCCACCUACCAAUGCCUCCUCAUCAGUG